CCGAUUGAGUUUGUGUUGUUUAUUUUGUUGGGAUAGGUUAGGGUGCCUUUGGUCGUGGCGUCUGCUAGUGCCAGUCUGAGGGUUUGCUUUGCGUUUUGCAAGUAAGCGUUGUCAGGAAUUCCCCAUGAAAUGAAAAUAUUGGUGCUCAAGGCACCAAAAGAAACUGCUGAAGAUGGUGACCCCUAUGUCAAUGCAUUACGGAAUGUGGGAUUGGAUGCUGACGGGCUUGAGGUGUUGUCCUUUCAAUAUGUAAACCAAGAUUUGUUAAGGGAGAAAGUUUUAGAUCCAAAAAACUAUGGGGGUUUUAUUUUUACGAGUCCACGAGGUGUAGUUGCUGUUGAACAAUGCCUUAAAGGUACUGAGCUCGGCAGGAAUGAGUGGUCGUCUGUGCCUGCCUAUGUUGUUGGUGAGGGAACAGGAAAAGUACUGUGGGAAAAGUUUGAAAUUCCGAGUGUAGGUCAAGAUUCUGGAAGUGCUCAAAAGCUGGCUCACUUCAUAAGAAAAGAACACACGGAUGGAAACAGGAAACCACUCCUAUUUCCCAGUGCAGAUCUUAAACGAAAUGCUUUGCAAGAAAUGUUAACAGAAGCUGGAAUUUCAGUAGAUGUUGUAACAUCAUACAAAACUAUUCCUCAUCCUCAUUUAGAAGCAAUUUUGAAAGAAAAGUUUUCCAGUAAUGAAGGAAGGCCUGACGUGCUGGUGUUUUUUAGUCCAUCUGGAGUGAAUGCUGUUCUUUCUCACCCGUCAGAUUUGCAACAGUGCAAGGUGGUAGCCAUAGGACCAACAACUGAAGCAGCAUUAAAAGAUAGGGGAAUGGUCGUGUUUGCUACUGCAGAAAACCCUUCUCCUACUGGCCUUGUUGAAGCCAUUCAAGCUGCCCUGAAGAAAACUGCACCAGAACUACCACAUGCGACAGGAGAAGAUCUUGGUUAACUUGGUUGAGUGCAGAGGGAAAAGGGGGAGGGACCAAUAAUGCUAAAGGACUGAAAAACAACAGACAAUUGGAAGGUGUGAACAAGUCAAUAUAUAUUCUUUCUUUAGUAAAACAAGUCUAUAUCCUAGCCAUAACAUUGCUUUUCCUAUAAAUAUUUUAUUUUCUGGAACAAUUGCAAGAUAUUGACUUUAUGAUAAAUUUUUCUUAAAUAUAUUUACACAUUUUCACAACAAAUGGAGCGUCAUUCUCCUUUUUUAAAA